AUGCUUAUGAUGCUUGCACGAAACAAAAAGGUUGAUGAAGCUAAGCGGGUUUGGGAAGAUCAGCAUACAUUUGGGGACAUUACCAGAGCCUUUUUAGAUAGCUUGUUGCCCUCGGAGGCAAUGGACAUAUAUGAUGAAAUGAGAUUAUCCCCUGAUCCUCCAAUCUCUUUGCCUUUUCGAGUGAUAUUGAAAGGGCUCCUUACAUACCCAGAAUUGAGAGAGAAGAUAAAAGAUGACUUUUUGGAACUGUUUCCUGAUAUGUUUGUUUAUGACCCACCUGAAGACUUGUUUGAACAUGAAGAUUGGGGAUGA